ACGUACACGUUUAUGGAUGAGUUAAACGGUACCCACAUAACCCUUCGUGGAUAUGUCGAAAUGGAGAAAUACAGAUAUCUGUAUUUCACAGUUAUGUUUUUAGUUUACGUCGUGAUAGUUUGCAGCAACUCCACCAUCGUGUACUUGAUCUGGACUCACAAAAACCUCCACGAGCCGAUGUACGUUUUCAUCGGUGCUUUAUUGUUUAACUGUGUUAUUUACAGCUCCACUUUUUACCCGAAGCUUUUGACCGACUUCCUCUCUGAUCAACAGGUCAUACCGUAUUCUGGUUGUGUCUUUCAGUUUUUCAUGUUUUAUUCUGUAGGUGGAUCAGAGUUCUUACUGCUAGCGGUCAUGGCUUUUGAUAGAUACGUGUCGAUAUGUAAACCUCUGAGAUAUCCAGCCGUCAUGAGGAAAACCACGGUGAAAUGUCUCCUGGCUUUUGCUUGGCUCUUCCCUCCGUGUCAACUUGCCGUCCAAGCAGUGCUGUGUGUCAAAGCGAAGAUAUGCAACCUUAAUUUGGAGGGAAUAUUUUGCAACAACGCUAUUUACACAGUUCACUGUGUUAGAUCAAGGACAGUUACUAUAAUUGGGGUUGUUAUUUUAUUAAAUGUCGCAGUGCUCCCGAUGCUUUUCACAGUUUUCACAUAUGCAAAGAUUUUCAUAAUGGCUUAUCAAAGUAACAAAACAUUUCAGAGAAAGGCGGCUAAGACCUGCGUACCACACUUGUUGGUUUUGAUCAGCUUUUCAUAUCUGUGUGUGUAUGAUGUAAUUGUAGCUCGAGUGGAGGCAGAUCUUCCAAAAGCUGCACGCUUCGUGAUGACGCUGCAGUUGUUUCUGUAUCAUCCGCUGCUUAAUCCCAUAAUAUACGGGCUCAAGAUGAAGGAAAUUUCUAAGCAUCUGAGGAGGUUGUUUUGUUCUACCGAAGUCUAG